AUGGAUAUACUGGAGAACAAUUCAGCAAAUAACGUCUGCGACCUCUGCGAAGUAAUCUAUACGGCAGCCAAAGAUCACGGCUUCAAAAGUCAUGAUGGCAUUCAGCAGAUCUCAUUAGUACGAUCAGACGACGAUUUUGUUCUGGAGGGAAGCGAGCAAAGAUUUCUUCGCCUAAUUGAAACAAUGCAGGAUACAACAGUCCCUCUAGCUACACCGGAACUAGCUUCACUGACCAGCAAUCGAGACCCUUCUCCUGCGGAUCUUGACUCCUUCAUGAAACUACCAAGGGCAUGCCUUGAAGAAUGUAAUACCAGUCACCAAGACGUUUGUGCUCCCAAGGAUACUCAUAUCCUCCCAACAAGGCUCAUCAAUGUCGCAAACCUAAAGAAACCGAAGAUCGUAGCGACGGCAGAUCUCUCUCAGGCUAUUCUUUCGGGGGGUAUUCGAUACAUUGCAGUUUCUCAUAGAUGGGGUGAUAUGCCUUAUUUGACUAUCACAACGCAGAAUAAUCUUGAACAAAGGCAGAAGAAGAUUCCAAUGGACGAGCUACCGCUUAGUUUCAGGAAUGCUAUUGCGAUUACGAGCGCGCUGGGCUGUACCUAUCUCUGGAUCGAUUCUCUAUGUAUUACACAAGGCCCCGAUGGUGAUUUUAGUGAAGAGGCAGAUAAGAUGCAAACAAUAUUUAACGGUGCGUACUGCGUUUUGGCUGCUUGCAAUGCCGAGAGUGCCAAGGUUGGCUCUUUGGAAAAUCGAGAAUCCCCAUCAAAUGCGUCAAGAUCGACUUAUUGGGAGUGUGGCGAGGGGAUCCGUUGCAAAACAUUGGCAAAGCUCAAGAACGAUAAGAUAGCUUUCCUCAGUGACCCCAAUUUUCCUGACUACACAAUCCGGCCAUCAAGCACCAUCGGGGAUCAAAUCAAGCUCUUUAUUGAUUUGUUCCAGAGAAGAUUCCGGCGUGGUACACGUUCUAGGCGGGCUCCACCAACUUGGUCAUGGGUGGCUUUUGAUGGCGCAAUCUCGUUCAUUGAGCCUGGCGGCGGUCAAGUUUCUUGGAAUGAUGCCGGAGUGAAAUUACCGUUCGCUAAUCUCACCGGCGAUCAAACUUCAUGGCUUCGGAAAAGCUGCCAGGAUGGUAGUGUGGCUAUCCAAGCAAAAGUACCUUACUUCAAUAUACCCGAAAAAGCCAACAGAAGUGAGGCAUGUAUAUACUAUGAUGACACAACAAUUAGGGCAGCAAAAUGUGUAAUUGUUGGUACUGACAAAUAUCAUGGUAAUGAUGCAAGCUUGAAGAAACAUUACGCUUUGAUUGUCAAGCCGCUUUCACACAGUCUCGGUGGAACAUCUUACGAACGUUGUGGCGUCGGAUACAUGCCAGGCAAGUAUAUUCGCUUGGGCAACCCUUCUGUUUAUAUGCCAAUUGAGUAG